UUACGUUUGUAAUGUGUGUAUUUAUGUAAUGUUGAAUGUUUAUUCGAGAUAAUUAAGUAUAGAAUAUCUACAUACUCGUUUGGACACUUUUUGAUAGUUACUUAACACAACUCGAUAAUAAUUAAACAAGUCAAUUGUGUGAAAUAAUUUGCGAACUUUGUGUUAAUAUUAUUUAAUUAUUAUAAUGACUCUGGGUGUCCUGUCAACUUCAAAACCGAAACCCGCCAACAUCAACGAGGCGGUCCAAAAAGCUCGUGACGCAUUUAACCGUGGAGUAACGAAACCAAUAGAAUGGAGGCGGCAACAGCUAAAGAAUUUACUUCGCAUGUACAAAGAGAACUACAACGCUAUGGUCGAUGUGCUACAGAAGGACCUUAGAAGAAGUAAAACAGAAGCUAUCUUAUUAGAAGUUGAUUAUCUGAUCAAUGACUUGGCUAACACACUGCACAAUCUUGACGAAUGGGCUAAGCCGACAAGACCUUCGAAAGGUAUAGUCAACAUUCUGGAUGAUGUGGUUAUAUUCAACGACCCCUAUGGCGUGGUACUCAUCAUCGGAGCUUGGAACUACCCUCUGCAGCUACUUCUUCUGCCAGUAUCUGGUGCGAUUGCUGCUGGUAACGCUGUCAUCAUGAAGCCCAGUGAACUCGCUCCAGCUACGGCCAAAUUCAUAGCAGAGACUGUGCCAAAAUAUUUGGACAAUGAUGCAAUAGCAGUCGUGGAAGGUGGCCCUGAAGAAACAACAGAGCUUCUGAAGAACAGAUUCGAUUAUAUAUUCUACACGGGCGGUACGAAUGUCGGCAAAAUCGUGUACGCGGCCGCUACCAAGUACCUAACUCCCGUCACCUUAGAACUUGGAGGGAAGAGUCCGGUGUACAUCGAUAACACAGUAGACAUCGAAGUGACAACAAAAAGGAUACUGUGGGGCAAAUUCGUGAACGUGGGACAGACAUGUAUUGCGCCUGACUACAUUCUAUGCACGAAGGAGGUACAAAACAAAUUCAUCGAACACGCAAAGAAGAUACUGAAGGAAUGGUAUGGAGACGACCCACAGAAAUCCCCGGAUCUAUGCCGGAUUAUUACUAGCAGACAUUUCAGCCGACUCCAGAGUUUACUCGAUGCGAGUAAAGAUAAGGUUGUUAUCGGAGGUAAGACUGACGCCCAGGACAAGUACAUAUCCCCGACAAUUGUAGCAAAUGUCUCCCCCGACGAUAAAAUAAUGGAGGACGAAAUAUUCGGACCGAUUUUACCAAUCGUGCCCAUCGAGAAUGCUUACGAGGCAAUCAAAUUCAUAAACGCAAGAGAGAAACCGCUGGUGCUGUACGUGUUCACGCUCAACGCCAAUGUGAGACAGAGUAUCACAGAUAACACAAGUAGCGGAGGGAUGUGCAUUAACGAUGUUAUGAUGCAAAUGGGAGUUGAUACGUUGCCAUUCGGCGGCGUGGGCCACAGUGGCAUGGGCGCCUACCAUGGUAAGACCACGUUUGACACGUUCGUGCACAAGAAGAGUUGCCUGGUGAAGAACUUCGCUGCUAUUGGAGAGAAACUUGCAUCUGGCCGUUACCCACCCUAUUCGGAUGCUAAGCUGAACUUCAUCUCCACCCUGAUGAAGAAGAGGAACGGACCGUCGUUGAAGUAUCUGCCGUACGUGAUAACCUUCGCUCUGGGCGCCGGCAUAGCGUAUGGAAUCGCCGUAUGGCAGAAGAUGGCGUCUGAGGGCAACUGAAGACCUCAAUAAUUUGUUUUGCAGAGAUGUUUAAAUUCUACCAACGUUUUAAUAUAUUUCUAUUGUUAUGUUAUGUAAAAUUUUGUAAAUGGGUUUGAUUAUAUUAAAUCGACCGUUCUUUGUUUA